AUGUCACGCAAUGCGCCCCCGACCCCGUCCGGUCGGAGAAGCGGACGCACUCCCCAUAUCCGGCAGUUUAGCAGAGCAAGCGUGGAUCGUGGCUCGACUGACGCGCCUAGAUCGCCAGAUACUGCCUCGACCCAGUCUACAGCUCGUACCGAGUCCGCUGCCUGUCGCAAGCGAAAGCUCGAACGAAAGUGUACCGUUACCGUGAACGAUAGUUACUCGCGCGACGAAGUACUGUUGAACUUGGAUCAUCUUGGCAGCGACAUCAAGCCUGGCACUCUUGUGUCGAUAUCUGUGCUAAAACCCGAACCGGAUAAAACGUCCAAUCCCCAAGGCAAGCAAGUGUCCACGGACCAUGGACGGGCCAGCAAGUCGUCGCCCGCUCGGGAGGCGGAAUGCGACCCCUCCAAGCACCGAUAUGUAUUUUAUGCAAAGGACAUGUCUAAGGAGCAAAAGACGAGGCAUCCUCAUAUCGAGGUAUACGUGGCUAAGCACAUCGCCGGCAACUUUGGGAUGAAGAGCGGAACUCCCGUUAUCCUGGCUCCGGUCGACGAGAAUAACCCAGCAGUCGAGGCAUCCCAUGUGGAGCUGAGCUUUCGCGAUCAAUAUCUCUCGAGAGCGGACAUGUGGCGAAUGACUGUUGGGGAGCUCACUGAGCGGACCGUUUAUAAAGGAGAAUCGAUCCUGUUUAUGGGAAGCAUCAAAGCCCAGGUAACAGCGGUCUUCGUUGACGGUCACAAGGUCCAUUCUGCUUUCUUUUCGCGCAACACCCGACCUAUCUUCCGGAGCGAGUCGGCUCGAUAUGUUCUCUUCAUCCAGAUGUCUCGUGAAAUGUGGGAUUUUGACUCCGAUGGAUCCGGCGAGAUCAUGUUCAACAAGGUCGUCAAUGGCUUCCUUCCGGCCGUAUUUAAGAAAUGGGCCCUUCUCAAAGUCAGACACCUGGUUACCAUUGUGCUUUUCGCUCGCGUCGAAUACGACACCGGACUCAGUGAUGACCUGGUCGUGUCCGCUACUGACGGUGACUAUUAUACUGGCGUCCAGCCGUCCGGGAUGAAGAGACCUUACAAGGACUUUUACCGCGUGGUAGUCAACGAGAUGACGAGUAUCGAAUGGGCCACCAUCCUCAAGCAGCUCAAGAAGGAAUUUAACGUCUUUCGUCGUGAUAUAAGUCUACACCACCAGCGACCCGAUAGCGCAUUCGUGUCUCACACCAAAGACUCGAGCGGCAAAAUCAUCCCGCCGAGCCACGUCAAGUCCGAGCCGUGUUUGGCAAUGUAUGGAAACUUUCUUGAGGCGAUUAGCCUUGCCUCGUCGCAGUUCGCGAACGAUUACAUCGACCGGGACCUCGUUAGGACAGGAAUCUCUAUUGUGGUUAUCAGUCCCGGUCCUGGUGUUUUUGAAGUUGACUAUGAAGCCUUACGGAGAACUACCGAAUCCCUUGUUGGGAACGGCAUCGGUAUCGACUUGAUCUGCGUCCCCAAAAUUCCUCUCCAUUCGGUGCCACUCUUUAAAUACCGCAACCCGCACUAUGCGGAAAUGGAGAAGGAAAGAUGGCCUCAUAGUCGAAGUAGUACGCCGAGACAAGGGGGAACACCUAUUGCUGGAAGCUAUCAAUCAUUUGGCGGAUCAUUCUCUCCUUCGAAGGGCUUAGACUUGAUCCACCGCUCCGAUUAUUUUACCACGCACCGCCAAGCUGAUGAGUGGUGCUACGCUGUUCCCCAGUGGCUUCAUGUGUCUUAUUGGACAGGCACGUCUGGCGCAUCUGGCGACAGCUUGUCCUACCAAGGCAUCGCGCUAUCUGUCCUAGAUGCUGGUCGCGAAGAAAAGAACAACGAAGACUUCCCUAUUCGAUGCAGAAUGUACGAUUUACAGAUGCGCAGCGUGCUGGAGACGAAUGAGAUCGAGACGGUACCCUUAAUGUCCGACCCCUUUUUCCCUUCCAAUGGAGUCACGGAAGGAGGCGGCACGCAGCGGCCCCGCCAGACUGGGACGGAUGAGGUGGCACAUAUUCCCCUUCAACGCGCUCCUGACACUUUGUUUGAUCAUGUAUACGGGUUCAUCAAGUUUGUUCCGGACCGUAUGCUCAAACCUGGCGAGAGGUCGAUCUGGAAACAGCUCCAAGAGUUUGAUAAUUCCCGCGCCAAACUCCCAUCGUCGCGGCGUGUUAUCCACCAUCACAGGAACAGUCGCGAGUUAGAUGAUAGUGCCCGCCGUCAGCUGGUGGAAGACUCGGGCCUUUUCGGCACGUCCCUGCCGGAGAGGAAACCCGCCACAUCGAAGUCGAAAGCAGCUAGUCGGAAGUUGUCUGUCAACCUGGGCGAGAAAUCCAAGGUCACUACCUCUCUCCUCAGUCCGGCGAAGAGUACGAGUGGUGUUAGCAGCACAACCCCAGUAGUUGCUCCUGCACAACCUCCAACUUCGCCGACGAAAUCACAGAAGCUCAUGCGACACAUCAGUCUUGGCAACCGUGGAUUUGGAAUAGCCGCGCCAAAGGCGUCCGUAGCUGAGGUGCACAUCGAAACUGUCAGUGCGUCUAGCAGUUCGUCACGACCCGAAUUGCACUCGUCAGCGUCUUCUCAAACGACUAGUAAUCACCCGUCGCUCAGGGGCAGGCCAGCGUCUCCCCGGUCGAUCGGCAAGCGGCCCGCGCCGUUCCCGGCACAGGCUUUCUUGGGGGCUCCCAUGGAGUCGACAGUCGGUGCAAUGCCAUCGACGCCAAGCAUCCCCAUCAUCAAAAAGACGAGCCAUACUGCUGGCCCGCUAGAACCUGCCACCCAGCAGAAGCCGGACUGGGCGACGACGUCUCCUCUUGCACGUAAGAGCCGGAGAAAUGAAGAUCGUGAUGCCAAGUUCUCUAGCGUUCUCAGAGCUGAGGAUGCACAAAAAGUGUACAACAGCAAACUCAGAGCUGGUGCAUUGCCCGACUUCCCACCUACCUUAUCUCCUGCAUCCGCCAUCUUGCCGUGGCUGACCGUCCUCAACCCAUCUAACCCGGACACGCACAAAGUCGAUGAUACAAUGCUCUACAGCCGAUGGCAGCACGUCUUUCCCCGAACUUCCAAAAUGAAGAUGAUGAAGUGGAAGGCGCUGUGCUGCCCGGCUGCCGUUCCCUUGACUACGGAGUACUUCCCCACGAAAGCUCAAUUCGAAAAGGACUACGAGUGCAAGCCGUACAAUAUAGCCCAGAAUGAGGAUGAUGAUCUAGUUGAUGAACCCAAGAGUCGAGAAGACUUCUUGAGGGAGUUGGUUAGUUUGCGGCUUGCACAGGGUUUUCAGGUGAUUGUCGGUCCAGCCGUCGCCAAGGCAUUCGGUCAGAAACUCCUCAAGGUUGCCGACAUAUUCACCCGCGAUCAGAAGUUGGAAGAUGGCGCCAGCGUCUUCAUGUCUGUUGGCAAUACCAUACAUCAGCUCUCGUGCGUGAACGGUUCGGAGGUGGAGGUCAAUAUAUACUCAAGGAAACCGCCCGCUACGGUGGCCCAUUCGGCUGCUUCCCCGGCCAUGUACAAACCGGCAAUUCGGACUAUCUUGGACACGGUCUACCGGACCCGGGAGCUAGACCUUGCCACCCCCCGGCCGGAGAGGGACUGGAACUACAUCGACUCGUAUCUGGCGGGUCAUACGGACGAAAUGACGGAGAAUUUAAGGUUUUGGAGAGCAAGGUUCGUCCUCAUCCCUGUUGAGCUUCGAGCGUCGUUGCUGCCGAGGAUCCACGAAGAGGACAGCCCAGAAGAGAUUCGCCUCGAGGGCAUCAGGCGCCUCGCUCAGUUUUGGCAGAAGCACCGAUACGUGGCGCCUUCCGAGAGACGGUAUCAGUCGAUGGCUCCGCGCAGGCGUAGGGAUCCCAACCCGCUGGAUAUCGUGUUUAAGACAGAAGAUCCAUCUGUGGUUAUUGCCGCGGAGCUCGAGACUCUCCCUCUCAUUGAAGGCCUGGAGGGUGUUCCCCGAAGAGGCCAACUUCUCUCGCAAAGGGAGCGUUUCCGCAGGUCUAGCCUCAAUAUAUCAGCGCUCGCGGAGGCAAUGCAGCAGCCAGUUGAAAGCGGUGGCGUGAGGAUGCAAAAUCGAAGGUGGCAUUUGCGUCUCCAUAAUAAUUGUUUCAUCGGAUCGGAUAUGACUACUUGGCUCCUUGACAACUUUGAAGAUCUCGAAAGCCGAGAAGAGGCCGAAGCCCUGGGUAAGAUGCUCAUGGUGUCCGAUGAAGAGAGCUCAAAAGCGAAAGACAAGGAGAAGGAUAGUAGUAGUAGUAAAGAAAGGAAGGAAAAGAGCUCCGGGCUAUUUGUCCACGUCGAAAAGCGCCAUGACUUCCGCGAUGGUCAGUACUUUUACCAGAUUUCCGAGGAGUACGCCAAGGCCCCGGCGAUAUCAUCGAGCUGGUUCAACACGAAGAGAAGAGAUUACACUGCGCCGUCUACGCCUGCCAUAGAAACACCGAUACGGGACUCGCCUCGGGUGACGAGGACCACAGCGAUGCAUGACGAGCCUCAAUCUUUGCCGGCAUCCGCCGCAUCGACCCCGCUGAUGACACCCAUAGCUGGCGGGAAGCAGAGGGAUAAGCCCCGGGUGAUGCUGAGCAAAGUCAUGAAGUACGAUGUUGAUCGCUGGAAGCGUUCGUACAGACCGGAAAGGAUCAAUCUACAUUACGACCGACUCCACAACCCUGAUGCCUGCUACCACAUCAGGAUCGAAUGGAUGAACGUCACGGCCAAGCUCAUCGAGGACGCUGUCGAGAGCUGGGCCCGAGAGGCCGCCGCCUUCGGACUGCGCCUCGUCGAGGUGCCCAUCAAGGAGGCAUGCACCAUCAUGAACAUCAACCCGUUCAAGAGGCCGUACCUCGUCAAGCUCGGGGUGCCUCCUCCGGCGCAUUGCCCCGACGAGUACCAGGAUCCCGCGGCGCACCCGUCCCAGGCGAUCACCUGCAAGUUCUACUACCAGAAGGCCAUCCUGCGCAAGUUCGACUUUGUGCUGGACUACGAAUCUGCGUCUAAUUUCCCGAGCAAUGUGGACGUGAGGUACUCAUGGGGAUACCCAGACUUCAAGUACUGUCAGUACAUCCACCGCUCGGGCGUGCUGCUCGCCGAGAUCACAAGCGAGGGAGACUUCCUCCUCAUGAACAAUAGCCUGUGCAACAACCGCGGCAUCUACAACCGCGAAAAGGACAUGAAGGACGCACCCACCAGCACUGCUACAAACAACAGCAACGGCGGCGGCGGUGGCGGUAGCGCCAACAGGAUGAUGUCCUCCAUCGGGAGCUACAUUCCCGAACCCAUCGCCCCACCUGCCAGCCCCCUCCUCAAAGCAGCCGCUACCUCCCACGUAAACUCACCACUGAUCCGCCCUACGCCCGCAGGAGCGGACAUGGGCGCCGGCGCCACGGCAUCCAUCACCAAAUCCGCCGACCCGGAGGCCAUCAAGGACGAGCUCGACCACUUCUGCCGCGACGCGACUCGCCUCGAGGCGUUUUACAAGGAAACUCUCGAAAAGGGCCCGCAAACGGCCCAGACGCCUCGCAUUAUCGGCCCCAUCACCGCCAACCCUACUUCUGCUGGUAGUCAUAACGCUCCGGCGGUGUUUGGCCCCGGGGGCUGGUUGGAGGUCGUGCCUGAGGCGAAUAUUCCUACGUUGGGGUUGCCGCCGGGCGUGUUGAGGGAGGUGAGUCCAAGUAGGACUGGGGCGGGACCACCGCCGGUUGGGUUGGGGCUUGCGGCGCUUAGGAGGAAGAGUGUGCAGGAUGGAAUUGGGCUUGGUGGAUGGACUGGCAAGCAGAUCAAGCGCGACAAACCUCAACCGCUCCCCUCCUUCCAGGUUCCUAGUUUUUAA